AUGGCUGAAGAAGGAGCUCAAAAAGCUACCGGCAAGAUUAAAUCGGUCGUUUUGAUUCUAUCUGGUAAAGGAGGUGUUGGUAAAAGUACUGUAGCGUCACAAAUUGCAUUGGAAUUAGCAAAUGGAGGAAACAAGGUUGGAAUUUUAGAUGUUGAUCUAUGUGGCCCAAGCAUUCCGCGAGUUUUGGGAUUAGAAGAUAAGGAUGUCCAUCAAUGUGCAGAUGGUUGGAUUCCGGUGUAUGCUGACAAAAAUGAAAAACUGGCAGUAAUGUCGAUUGGAUUUCUAUUACGUAAUAGCAAAGAUGCUGUAGUUUGGAGAGGGCCUAAAAAAAAUGCUAUGAUUAAGCAAUUUUUAUCCGAUGUGGUAUGGGGCGACUUAGACUAUCUUAUAAUUGAUACUCCUCCAGGUACUUCAGAUGAACACAUUACAGUAGCUGAAAAUGUCAGAGGUUUAAAUCUUACUGGAGCUGUAAUGGUCACUACACCUCAAGCGGUUGCUUUAGGUGAUGUUAGAAGAGAAAUAACCUUUUGUAAGAAGGUUGGAAUUCCUAUUGUUGGCAUCGUUGAAAAUAUGAGUGGUUAUACCUGCCCUAAUUGUUCGGAAUGCACUAAUAUAUUCUCUAAAGGCGGAGGUGAAGCACUAGCCCAACUUACGCAAGUACCAUUUCUAGGUUGCUUACCACUUGAUCCGAAAUUGACGAUGUCGAUAGAAGAUGGGAAAUCUUUCACUGAAUUGUACUCAGAAUCACCAACUGCGUUAGCCAUCAGGGAAAUUAUCCGACCGUUAAUAACUUCUUAA